GGGUUGACGACUGGCAAUGUUGCGAUCCCUUGCGCGCACCGCCGCGACCCCCCGCGCAACCUCAUUGUGGACAGCGCAAGGCUCUCGCGGCAAGCACACGUUGGUCCUGAUGCGUCAUGGCGAAAGUGAAUGGAACAAAACCAACCAAUUCACGGGCUGGUACGACGCGCCGUUGAGUGCAAAGGGACACGAAGAGGCCAAGGCCGCUGGCAAGGCCGUCGCGGAGGCUGGCUUGACGUUUGACGUGGCGUACACUUCGUACUUGCGCCGCGCCAUUCGCACGUGCUGGCAUGUGUUGGAGGAAUCCGAUCAGAUCUUUGUUCCCAUUCACAACGAGUGGCGCUUGAACGAACGCCACUACGGCGGUCUCACUGGGCUAGACAAGGCGGAAACCGUCCAAAAGCACGGCAAGGAGCAGGUUCUGAUUUGGCGCCGCAGCUACGACAUCCCACCGCCUCAAUUGACGACGGACAGCGAGUACUACCCUGGCCACGACCGUCGAUACAAGGACUUGAACAAGGAAGACUUGCCAUUGAGCGAGUCCCUCGAGAUGACGGCGGCGCGGGUCAUGCCUGUGUGGGAACAAGAGAUUGCCCCUGGUGUCCUCGCCGGCAAGAAUAUCCUCAUUGCAGCCCACGGCAACAGUUUGCGCGCGUUGAUCAUGCAUCUUGACAACAUCUCCAAGGACGACAUCACAGAGUUGAACGUGCCGACCGGUGUGCCGCUCGUGUACCACUUGGAUGACAACUUGAAGCCCAUUCGCCAUCGGGAUGCCAUUGCGCCGUUGAGUGGCCACUAUUUGGGCAAUCAGGACGAAAUCCGAGCGCGCAUUUUGGGUGUGAAGAACCAGACAAAGUAAAAGUCAGCUACUAAUACAUCGCGGAUGAAAUAGCAUAUUCAAUGUGGACA